UACGCAAGAAAAGUUAUAGCAAUUAGGUUUUUCAUAACAUAGUGUAAAACAAAGUACACUUUUAGUUAGCUUUAAACAUAGUUUUCAGUGUUAAAAAAAGCAAUAAUUUCGAGCUCUAGUUUUUCUUACACUAGGCGUGACGACGAGAAAAAAAUCGUAAAAAAAAAUAUAUGUAUAAAUUUCUUGCGAAAAACGAGUUAAAAAGUAACGCGAGCGAGAGCACUGUUUAUUUUUGCAAAGUUGCUCAAAAUUAUACAAAGUUAACAAAAGUAACUUGAAUAAUAGUAAAAAGGGCGCUUAAAGAGCUAAACAAUUUUGACGACGACCACAACAAGAAGAACGUAACUCCACAACAGUGAUAAGCAUAAUGUACGCAGGCGCCUAUGCACCGAAUGCUGGCGGUGUGCAACAGCAGCAUACCGGCAGCGGUUAUUAUGGAAACGGCGGCGGUGCCGCGGCUGCCGUUGCAGCGGGUGGUGCCGGCAAUGGACCACGUCAUGAGCGCCCCUAUUAUCCGCGUAAUAACUUUGCCGGCGCCGCGGGCAAUGGCGCUGCUCUGAAUGGCGGUGGCGCUGCAGCAGCAGCGGCCACUGCUGCCGCUGCAGGUGGCAUGCACUUUGGACAGCCGUAUGGCGUGAUGACUUAUGGCAUACAGAAUGGCAUUAAUAUGGGCGCUGCUGGUGGCAAUCCGUAUCGUGGUGGCGGCGUUGGUGGCGCUGCUGCUGCUGGAAAUGCUGUGCAAAACGGCGCCUUUGCGGGAGCCAAUGGCAUGGCCUUUGGUGGACCACGCGUCAAGCACACAACCUACAUGCCACGCUAUCAGAAGCCGCACAAUGGCCUGGGCAAUGGCUAUCAGGGCAAUGGCAAUGGCAGCUAUAAUGCCGCCGCCUUGGGCAUGCUCUCCAAGGAGGAGCGCGCCGAGUUGCAGCGCGAAAAGGCAAAGAAUCCGGGACGUAACCUGGUGAAGCCACAGUGGGAGAAUUUGCAGCCAUUCCUCAAGGAUUUCUACAUCAUGCAUCCCAAUACAUUGAAUCGUAGCGAACAAGCUGUCGCCGAAAUGCGUCACGAGCUGGAAAUCACACUCUCGGGCCAAGAGCUGCCACAUCCUGUGGCCAAUUUUGAGGAAUCAUCGCUGCCAGCGCACAUAAUCGAUGAAAUGAAGCGUCAGGGAUUCACCAAACCCACUGCUAUACAAUCGCAAGGCUGGCCCAUCGCGCUCAGCGGACGUGAUCUGGUGGGCAUUGCCCAGACCGGCUCUGGCAAAACACUCGCCUACAUGCUGCCCGCCAUUGUGCACAUUGCCAAUCAGCCGCCCAUAAUGCGCGGCGAGGGACCCAUUGCCUUGGUGCUUGCACCCACGCGCGAGCUGGCCCAACAGAUUCAGUCCGUAGUGCGGGACUAUGGACAUUUAUGCAAACCCGAGAUACGCCACACCUGCAUCUUUGGUGGCUCAUCGAAAGUGCCUCAGGCGCGUGAUUUGGAGCGCGGCGUCGAAGUUAUCAUUGCCACACCUGGUCGCCUUAUUGAUUUUCUCGAAAAUCGCAACACCAACCUGCAGCGUUGCACAUAUCUGGUGCUGGACGAGGCCGAUCGCAUGCUCGACAUGGGCUUUGAGCCACAGAUACGCAAGAUUAUUGAGCAAAUCCGUCCGGAUCGCCAGGUGGUCAUGUGGUCGGCCACAUGGCCGAAGGAGGUGCAAGCCUUGGCCGGCGAUUUUCUCAAUGAUUACAUACAGAUCAACAUCGGGUCGAUGAAUCUAUCUGCCAAUCAUAAUAUACGGCAAAUUGUCGAGAUUUGCAAUGAGAACGAGAAGCCGCAGCGCAUGGUGAGAUUGCUCAAGGAGAUAACGCCGGGCACCAACAAUGCCGCCAGUCAGGCCAACAAGAUUAUCAUAUUCGUGGAGACCAAAAUCAAGGUGGAAGAUAUUUUGCAAAUUAUACGCAGUGAAGGCUACACGGCCACCUCGAUACACGGGGAUAAAUCGCAGAGUGAACGUGACUCGGUGCUGAAAGAUUUUCGCAAUGGCAAAUCGAAUAUAUUGAUUGCCACCGAUGUGGCGUCGCGUGGUUUGGAUGUCGAGGAUUUGCAGUAUGUGAUCAACUAUGAUUAUCCCAAUUCAUCGGAGAAUUAUGUGCAUCGCAUUGGACGCACUGGUCGCUGCCAGCAGCUGGGCACCGCCUACACCUUCUUUACGCCCGACAAUGCCAAGCAGGCGCGUGAGUUGAUCUCCGUGCUGGAGGAGGCGGGACAGACGCCCUCGCAGGGACUGCUCGACCUGGCACGCGCCAUGCCCAACUCGAGCAACUAUCGCGGCAACAGCAACAAGCGCUGGAACAACAAUGGCAACAACAUGGGCGGCAACAACAACGGCGGCGGCAACAUGGGCAACAUGUACGGCCAGCAGCGCAACAGCAAUCCGCUCAACUAUCAGGCGGGCGGCAAUAGCAAUGGCUACAACAAUCGCGGUGGUGGCGGCGGCGGCAACUAUCAACAAUAUGCCGCUGGCGGCGGUGGCAAUGGCUAUCAGCCCAAUGGCGUCGGCAAUUGGCAGCGCAAUGGCGCGCAACCAGGUGGCGGCGAUAUGGCGCGCAAUGGCGGCGGCGGCGGCAAUGUUGCCUAUCGACCACGUGCUCCAUUCAAUAAUGGCGGUCCGCGUGCCAUAAUGGGCCACAAUGGCGCUGGCGGUGCAGCAGCGGGCGCUGGCGGCGCUGCUGGUCAACAGGGCGGUGCCUAUAUGCAGCCGAGCUAUCGUGGACGCGGACAAUUUGCACCGCCAAAUGGUGCAGCUGCUGGCGGUGGCAUGCCACGUUUUCAGCAAUAUCCAAAGCGCGAUUAUCAGCAGCAGCAGCAGCAACAACAGCAGCAGCAGCAAUAUGUACAACAGCAACAGUCGCCGAACAAGCAGCAGUCAAAGGAUCAGGAUAAAAACUUUAAGGAAUACGCGCCCGCUGGCACGCCCAUUAUGCAUUAUACGCCAGCGAAUUCGCCACCAAUUACGGCCGUAGCAGCAGCAGCAACUGCCAUAGCUGGCGGCGCAGGACGCGCAACGGUGGCGGCAGCGCCAGCCGGCACCACCUUUAUGUACGAUGCUGCUGGUGUGCUGACUACCGCUGCAGCGCCCGGCACCAAUCCCUAUGCCAGUCAGUUCAAUAUGCCGGCCACCUACUAUACGGCGCAUCAGUUUGCGCCCGCUGCUGUUGCAGCAGCACCGGCUGGACCAGCUGCGGCCAUUGAGCAGGCGGCGGGACAGCACUAAUAGCAACUCACAUACAAAGGAUAAACAAUUUGAUGAAAACAAAAAAACAACAACAAUAAUCACAAUUUAUAAAAACAAAUAGACACACACACACACAGACAACCCACGACGCACACGAACACACACACACACACACGCACGAACAAGUUAGACAUAUGCCCAAGCAUAUGCACUGAAGGAGGAGCAGGAGCAGCAGCAGUAGUAAGAAAGAAUGGAGCCUUUGCUUUGGCCUGGCCUGGCAUGCAAGCUUUCAAUAAUGGAAAAAACUGAACAAUGUGCAUUUUAUUUUUGUAAACUUGCCUGUUGUGCUGCCAAAGCGAAACGGCGACGAACGGUCCAAAGAGGCAAGCUUAACAACAACUAAAACAACAACAGCAACAACAACCAACAACAACAUCGACGUGGACAACAACAAAUGGCAACAA